GCGCCUGCGCAGCCGCGGGAGGCGGGGUGCUGGUGCUGUGCGGAGCCUGGCUUGUUGUUGUUGUCCCAGACCCGGAGGCUUCUCAGUUGCCGCCGCGCCGCGUCGCCAUGUCCUGUCCUCAGGAGCCGCCGCAGCACAACAACAACAACCCCCCGGCCGAGGGGGCGCCCGCCGAGCCGGGCCUCAACAGUUCCUGGGUGGAGUUACAGAUGAACGGCAAUGGCAAUAGCAAUGAUAAUGCCAGUGGGAAAAAUGGGGGCCUGGAACAUGUCCCUUCGUCAUCCUCUAUCCACAAUGGAGACAUGGAAAAAAUCCUUCUGGAUGCCCAGCACGAAUCAGGACAGAGUAGUUCAAGGGGUAGUUCGCACUGUGACAGCCCUUCCCCUCAAGAAGAUGGACAGAUAAUGUUUGAUGUGGAAAUGCACACGAGUAAGGACAAUAGUUCUCAGUCUGAAGAGGAAGCAGUAGAAGGAGAGAAAGAAGUGGAAAUUUUGAAGAAAAGUGCUGACUGGGUUUCAGACUGGUCGAGUAGGCCUGAAAACAUUCCUCCCAAGGAAUUUCACUUCAGACAUCCUAAACGUGCAGUAUCUUUAAGUAUGAGAAAGAGUGGAGCUAUGAAGAAAGGUGGCAUUUUCUCUGCGGAGUUUCUUAAGGUUUUCAUUCCAUCUCUGUUUAUAUCUCAUGUUUUGGCUUUGGGACUAGGCAUCUACAUUGGAAAACGACUGACCACACCUUCAGCCAGCACUUAUUGAGAGAAGCAGAGGGCAAAACUUGGAAAUCCACAUGACCUGUGAAGAUGUUAUUGUCACAUUAGUACAUUUGAACUUGAGACCAUUUUAAGCAUGACCCCAGCCCCGCCCUUUCUUUACAUAUCCAGGUUCCAGUAACUCUUGGAAUUCAGUAUUGUAUUGGAACUCUGUUGAGGUGUUUGACUACCCACCUUCUCUCCCCCCACCCUUUUGGCCUGCAAAACACGUCAGUUGCCUAACAGACUUUACAAUUGUCUAUACAUUGCAAGGGCUUCUUUCAGUACAAAAUUCCACCAGCAAAUUAUAAUUUUAUUAGUGAUGCUGUUGCCUCCUCUAGUACAACCUGACUUAAAUCUGCAAAUGCUCAUGGAAUAAAUGUUGACUGUA